CGGGCGGCGCAGCGAAUCAGUUCAGCUGAGAACGGGGGAAGGUGUGCACGUCCUCUAUCCAGAACAAAUACGCAUUGCCUUUGCGCUGUACGUUCCGACUGCGAGGGGAAUCAGCUGAUUAACAAGGGUGUGAGCUAGCGACAUAGCUACGCAGACUGUCCGAAGAUCCAUCGGGAACCUCUCAUUUCUUUUUGGAGGAGUUAUAGCUGUACCCCCAAGAUAACCAGCUAGGUUGACAGCUAGCGAGACUUUGAACGAUGGGUUCAUUCCCGGCGAUAGCAGUCCUCAUUCUGGGGAUCGCGGUUACACCUCUGACAGGCUAUAUUAUUGAGGCCUUGGCAGCCAACGCCGGCACCGGGUUCGCCGUGGCGGAGCCGCAGGUGGCCAUGUUCUGCGGGAAGCUCAACAUGCACGUGGACGUCCGGACGGGCCGCUGGGAGGCCGACCCCUCCGGGGCAAAGAGCUGCGUGGGAACCAAGGAGGCUCUGCUUCAGUACUGCCAGGAGAUAUACCCUGAGCUGCAGAUCACGAACGUGGUGGAGGCCAACCAGCCGGUCAAGAUCGAGAACUGGUGCAAGAAGGACAAGAAGCAGUGCAAGGGACACGCCCACAUUGUGGUUCCUUACAAGUGCCUGGUGGGCGAGUUCGUGAGCGACGUGCUCCUGGUGCCGGAGAAGUGCAAGUUCUUCCACAAGGAGCGCAUGGACACCUGCGUCAGCCACCAGCAGUGGCACGGCGUGGCCAAGGAGGCGUGUGCCAAAGGCAGCAUGGUUCUUCACACCUACGGCAUGCUCCUGCCCUGCGGCGUGGACCGUUUCCACGGCACCGAGUACGUCUGCUGCCCCCCGUCCCGCGCGGAGGACCCCGAGCCCCGCCCCCAGCCCUCCCAGGAGGAAGACGACGAGGACGAGGACGAGGACGAAGAGGAGGACCAGGAACAGGAAGUGACCGACCUGGACGAGGACGAGGAGGACGAGGACGAGACGGCGGAGGAGAGGGAGCCCCCCGUGGAGGACCAGCCCACCCCGAAGCCCGAAACCGCAGACGAUGAGGAGGAGGAUGAGGAGGAGGAAGACGUGGACUACGAGGAGUACGAGUUUGAGGACAAAGACAUGGCGGUGGAGGACGACGACGACGACGACGACGACGACGAUGAGGAAGAGGAGAAGACCAGGACCCGUGCCCAGGACACGCCCAACGAAGACAAGACGCUGCAGGAGGUCACAGCGGUGUGCUCCCUGGAGGCGGAGACGGGGCCGUGCCGCGCCUCCAUGCCCCGCUGGCACUUCGACGGGCGCCAGGGGAGGUGCGUGCGCUUCGUGUACGGCGGCUGCGCCGGGAACCGCAACAAUUUCGACUCGGAGGAGUACUGCAUGGCCGUGUGCCGGCGCCUCAUCCCGCCCACCCCCCAGCCCACCGACGACGUGGACGUGUACUUCGAGACGCCCGUGGACGACAAGGAGCACAGCCGCUUCCAGAGGGCCAAGGAGCAGCUGGAGAUCAGGCACCGCAACCGCAUGGAGAGGGUGAGGAAGGAGUGGGAGGAGGCUGAGAGACAAGCUAAAAACCUGCCCAAGACUGAGAGGCAGACGCUCAUCCAGCACUUCCAGGCCAUGGUGGAGUCCCUGGAGGAGGAGGCGGCCAGCGAGAAGCAGCAGCUGGUGGAGACGCACCUGGAGCGGGUGGAGGCCAUGCUGAACGACCGCCGCCGCUUCGCCCUGGAGUACUACCUGGCCGCCCUGCAGGCCGACCCCCCCAGGCCCCACCGCAUCCUGCAGGCUCUCAGGCGCUACGUCCGCGCAGAGAACAAGGACCGCCAGCACACCAUCCGCCAUUACCAGCACGUCCUGGCCGUCGACCCGGAGAAGGCCGCCCAGAUGAAGUCCCAGGUGAUGACGCACCUGCACGUGAUCGAGGAGCGGAUGAACCAGAGCCUGUCCCUGCUCUACAAAGUGCCCUACGUCGCCGAGGAGAUCCAGGACGAGAUCGACGAGCUCCUGCAGGAGCAGAAGGCCGACAUGGACCAGUUCCUGUCCUCCAUCUCCGAGUCGUACCCGGACGUCACCGUGUCGUCGGAGGAGAGCGUGGAGGUGCCCUUCCCCGACAGAAAGCUGCACCGCCCCUUCCAGGUCACCUCGCUGGGGUCCCGCCAGGAGACAGAAGGCGUUCUGCCCGACUCCCUGCGCUCCGUCAAAAAAGGGUCCGGGCUGGACGGUUUGAUUGGCGCCGAGGAGAGAGUGAUCAACAGCAAGGCCAAGAUCAACAACGCGGUGAUUGAUGAGUCUCUGGAUGUUAAAGAGGUGAUUUACAGUGCAGACAGAGUCAGCCGUGUGCAUGAUGAUGAUGAUGAUGGUGAGCUGGAGUCCUUCCGGCCCUUAGAGGAUGAGUUCAGCUUCGGAAGCAGCGCUCUGAUUGGCCUGCUGGUGAUCGCGGUGGCCAUAGCGACGGUGAUCGUUAUCAGCCUGGUGCUGCUGAGGAAGAGGCAGUACGGCACUAUCAGCCACGGCAUCGUGGAGGUCGACCCCAUGCUGAGCCCGGAGGAGCGGCACCUCAGCAAGAUGCAGAACCACGGCUACGAGAACCCCACCUACAAGUACCUGGAGCAGAUGCAGAUCUAGGGGAGGGACGGCUGGAGCUUCGCGCCCGGGGGGAGAGGAGGGAGAGGAGGGAGAACACACUACUGACCGAUAACACGACCGCUCACGCCGACGAAUCAUCUUCCCCCGCCUGAGAAACGCAAACGUUUUGGCUCGUUUAAAAAAAAAAAGUCUUCAAAAAAAAAAAAGAAUCAAUCCUUGAAUAAAUGCUACUACUUCUACUGUUGUACUGUAGGACUGUCUCUUCUCCUUUUUCUCUCGAAAGGGCAAUCUAACGAUAAUAGUGUUUUUAAAAAAAUAAUUAAAAUUUCACGUGGAACGUGUGAUUCAAUGGAUUAUACAACAGUGAUUGUUUUCAGAUCGAGGCAAAUUACUUUAGUUCUUCAGUCAGGAGAAUUCGGUUUGAAAACGCGAGGCAAACCAAGUGAAAGAAUCAUUUGGGACGAUUACGUGUAAUUAAAUAACAGUCACAUGACAUGCAGCUUCUCUGUUCCAUCUUAGACGUGUCCAUGAAAUGACGACCUAUAUUUUGAAAAGAUGUUAAUUUUCUUUUCUUUUUUUCCUUUUUAAUAGAUUGCUUGUAUAUGAAGGUUCUUUGUACUGAUUUUAAUGUAUAGUAAAAAAACCAAAAAAAAAAGAGAAAAACAAAAUGAUUUUUUUUUCUGUUCUUUGCUACCAUUAGCUACAAACUAAACAUGUAUCUAAAAUGUAGGUGUUUUAGUCAUAAUUAUUUUUUUGGUUCCCCCCCUUUUCAACGAAUCCGAUGACUGUGUUGCCGACUAUCACUUUUGUCUCUCUCUCUCUGGAUGCGGCAGUGGUUGAGGGGAGGGAACGGAAGAUCGAUGCCGUGUACGCGCACGCGCGCGUACGCAUGGCAUGUGUGCUGUUCUGGCCUCCAGCUCCAUGACCCCCCUAUCCCAAGCACAGGCAAACGAGAUCCUCGCAUUCGCUUUUUUUUUUUAAGCACCAACGCGCACCGCGGGGCUAACACUCCCUUCCCCGUUCCCCGCGGCGUCACGGCGACGGGUCCCGCGUGCAGUACCGCCUCGAGCGUUUCGCUUUUCCGCGUAUGUUUGAGAUUUGAAUGGAAUUUGUUAGUUAAAUACACUGGCUGAUCAGUCUCGGAUGAAGGGUUCUAUUGGCCCGGUAGUUACCGUUGAUCUUACACAGUUGAAAUACCCUCAAACUUGCAGUUCUGUAGUGGUGUAUAUCUGCGAGGGAGGGGGGAAAAUAAUGGUGCCGUUGUUUUGCCAAAGCCAUUGUAAGCUGUGGGGUGAAAAAAAAAAUCAAUUUUAUUAAAGCUGAAAUCGUGCGAAAGUCUAUGUAUGUAAUACACACGAUGCAGGCCUUUUUUGUUCACCUAGUCUGGGUGUUGCCGUGCCGACAGUGAGGUCAAGUCAAAAUGGCCGCUGGAAAAGCCACCCAAAGAAAAACCACAGGGAGCUGGGGGCCCGGUUAGACAAACAGGAGAGGGGUUUUCAGUACCGUGACCACAACAUGACCAAAAAAGUGCGCUCCGGCUGAUUUGAUAGUGUGUUUAUUGUUCCCCAUACGAUCUCAUCCGCAUGUUACUCUUAAAACCUCGUACCCGUGCUGUGGUCACAGUGCAAAAAAACGCGGCCCCAAGCCCACUGAACUGGUUUAAGCCGAAAGGAGAAUUUGAUAAAAUGCUCCUUGUAAAAGAUGAAAAGAGAGAGCUGAAUCUGUUUUGUUUUCUCAUAGUAAUAUCUUCGUAUGCCUGUAUAGUUGAUGUUGCGACCAUGGCUUUUAUGGAGGACAACCUGUGGUGUGAAUUGUUCUUACGAUAUGAUAUUAUAUAUUUUUAAGUUUUUUUUUUUGUUUUCUUUUAUUUUAUUAUUUUUUUCUACAUUUCUUUUCUCUUAAUGUGAUGGUAACUCCUAUGUAUGUGGCUGUCUCUCUAUGCACCAAUACGGCUUCAAAUCUUGUAACAGCCUGCUUGAUUGCAGGACAAGUAAGAAUGAAUUAAAAUAUAAAUAUAAAUAUAUAUAUAUAUAAAUCUAAACCUAAGCUACAUGAUGAUGAUGAUGACAAUGAUGAUAGUUAUGUGGGGGAACACAUCAAUAAACUCACUACUACUUCCA